UUCGGACAGGACAGACCACGUCACCUGACCUCACUUGUCUUCUCUCUUUCUGAAUCCUCCCCCCUUUCCUCUUCUGCUCCUCUGCUCUGCUACAGAGGCGAGCUACCAUGGCGUCGUCCUUCUCCUCCAAGGGCAAGUCCACCUUCUCCAAGUUCGAGGGUAAAGGAGGAGGAAUGAGAUCCAUAUCGCUGGCUUCGUCCAAGGCCAAGAUCGCCGCCAGCAGCAGCGGCGGCGGCAACAAGCGAGCUAGCACGGCCACCAAGCGAGGGAAGGCGGCCAAGAAGGUCUACACCCUGACCGGCCAGAAGUUCGAUGCUCCCGAGGAGAGGGAACCCCUCAGGAUAUUCUACGAGUCGCUCUCCAAGCAGAUCCCCUCAAGUGAGAUGGCCGAAUUCUGGUUAAUGGAGCAUGGGCUGUUAUCUCCAGAGAGAGCGAGGAAAGCCUACGACAGGAAGCAAAAACGGCAACAGCAAAUACGAUCGGGGACACCCGCUAAGCCCACUCCUGCAAGCAAACAUAAACCAGAGCCAGAGAGCUGGAAGAAACCGGCCACGUCGUCGCACAACGCUGAUUCCUUGGGAAAGGCCAAGAGAAAGGUUGAAUACAGCGACGAUGAUGACGAUGACUUCAUCGUAAACCUCAAGAGAUCCAAUUCGAGGGGGUGAUGACAAUGACUUCUAAUUUUUUUCUGGAAGCAGAUCUUACAGGGAGCAAUUCUCAGAUACAUAAAUGAGGUUUUCGAUCCUAGCGUGUCUAUAUACAUGUAUUUGAGUUUAUAGAGAAAAUGGAUAUAUACAACUAUAAUGUAUGUUGUAAACAAUAAGUGGAUGCUCAAAUUAAUAAACGGCGUGUUGGGCGGAUUA